AUGAUCGCAGCUUUUGCCUUGCUGACGUGCUUGGCUCAUGGGGCAAGUGUGGAUGAGCACCUUCCCACAGCCCUUGCGACGGACGACCAAUGUGCUCUUGAAGGCUGCGCAGUGAAUGCCCUUCAGCUCCGUUCAAAGGACAUCGUGGAGCCGGACGCCGCGCUGCUGUCCUUGGACGCUUCAGAGGAAGAGCUGAUGGAAUGGCACACCAACUACUACGGACGCAACCCGGGCGCAGACAUCUCCGUCGACAACUACAGGAGCCUGAUGCUCAACAUUAGCGUUCAGCAGAAGGCGAUCUUAGCUCUUUGGAACCGGAGUGUCGAUCUCGAGAAGGAAGUCCAGGAAUUGGUCCAGCAGGUCGAGCACGACUCAGGGCUGAAGGUCGCAGAUUACGUUGCACUUGUGGAAGAGGCGGACACGUCGCGAGACCGCGCUCAAGGCGACAAUCAGCCGAGAGAGACUCACGUAAGGAAGUGGCUCAGCUACCUGGACCAAGAGAUGGGCGCGGUCUUCAGGAAGCUGAACCCCAACGGCGCGAAGGUGGCUGCUUGCGGCACGCUGAUGAGCAAGAACCCGGUUCCGCUGAAGAUGCAGAAGAAGAAGUCCCUCGUGCAGGCCGAUCCUGCGACAACCGAGCCGGUUAUGCCAGGUGACCACAUCGGCAAGGCUGAUGAGCUUUGGAGGAGCGUCUUCGAAAUCAUCACAAACAUCCAUACAGCCGACAAGUCGGCCAUCAACCUGAAAGACCACCUGCAGAAGAUCAAUAAGAUGGUCGUCGACUUCAACGCAGGCAUCCUCAUCCCAAACGAGGAGCCUGAGAA